UCAUUAGGCUUGCUCAAAGGGAAGCGAUUGGAAGGUGUAAGAAGUGAGAAAUAGGAUGUAAAUCUCUACGAAAAAAUAAUAAUAAUAAAAAUGGAAAAAUAACAAAAACGCAAAUGUGGAAAGCGGUGAACAAUGCAACAAAGUCGUAAAGAAUUAUAAAGUCCAAAAAUAGUGAAGGAAAGAAGAGUGUGUGCGUGUGAAGAGGAAAACGAGAUUAUACGAAGCUGGUGUGAAUUUUUAAUAAACUACGGGCGAAAAAGAGCCCGCAAAAUCGAAAUAUUGUGUGAUGAACAUAGUAACAAGAAGACGAGAAGUAAAAGUGGAACAAGAAACGUGAAAAUCAAUAGGUUUCGUGUUUAAGUGCGAAGCAAAAGCGGCGAAUUCCUUCGUGUCUAGCAUUGCGUUGCACGACUGAAAAGUUGAAAAAGAAGCUGAAAAGUUUAGAAAACUCUGUUAAAAACUCGAAAACACAUAGAAACAACAACAAGUGUUAAAAAAGUGAACAAAUAAUGACGCGAAAAUUAUAAGCAAAUAUUUUCUGCGCAAAAAAACCUCCAGACUUCACGCAUAUUCGUACAAAGUGCAAAACAUUCAAAGACAUUUGUGUUAAAAAGAUAUUGUGUUCGGCCAGUAGCGCUGGAAGUUACGAUUUGUACAAAAGAGUUGCCUCCUAAAUUGGUAAUAUUCAUGUAAUAGGUGAUUUGGGUUUCGCAUUAGCAAUUAAAAAGUGGUAGCUAUUUUUAGUAAAAAAUUUUGGACGCCUUGCAUUCGGUAGCAAAGAAGCGAAUCUGCAUCCCGUGGCUUGAAAGAAAAUUAUGCAAAAAGACAACCCUCGAUUGCAGCGACGUAACAGUUGGCAGUGUAGUUGAACAGAGAAUACGUCUAGAUAUUGUUAAUUGCUUGUCAGCGAGGGCAGAAUUUAAGGGAGUAGAGGAAAUUGAUAAAAAUCAAGAAUCGGCAAAAGAACCAAGAGUAUAAUCCAAGUUUAAAACUGGAUUAGCGACAAAGUGGGACUAUUGCUAACGUCAAAAUGGCAUCGAGAAGUCACCAGUAUUUUAGUUUGCGUUGGAACAAUUACCAAAACACCAUGACUUCGGUGUUCCAGCAAUUGCGAGAAGACUUAUCUUUCGUGGAUGUGACCCUUUCCUGUGAGCAUGGUUCGCUCAAAGCACACAAGGUUGUUCUAUCCGCCUGCUCAUCAUAUUUUCAAAAACUGCUUUUGGAAAAUCCCUGCAAACAUCCCACCAUCAUACUUCCCGGCGAUAUUAUAUUCACGGAUUUGAAGACGAUUAUUGAUUUUGUUUAUCGCGGCGAAAUUGAUGUCACCGAAUCUGAAUUGCAGGGUUUAUUACGUACAGCCGAACAGCUGAAAAUAAAAGGACUUUGUGAGACGGCCGAAAACACAGACGAUUUGAACGACUCGGCUACAGCUACAAUUACAGUAUCGGAGAAUAUACAGCAAGCCGUCGUUGGAAAUAUCGUUAAUGCCACAGUAGCAACGGGUCAACUCUCACCCAAUAUACCACAUCAAUCGCAACAGCAGCAACAACAGAUCGCUACUAAUACAGCGGUGCUCACGCAUAAUAUUGGCAACGUGACCACUGCAAAUACACAACAAAUUGGUUCAGCCACUACGAAUGUCGCCGGACAGUUAGUUAGUGCAGGCACAUCGGUACAACAUCAACAGAUUGGACGUAAAUCUCGUGUACGUAAGCGUUCAAAAUCUCCAGAUAUACAACAACAAGUACAGAGUACACAACAACCACAAACAAUUUUAAUACAAAAUCAAAAUCAAGCCGCUAUUGUUAGUUUACAACAGACGUCGUCUGGUAAUUAUAUACCGGUAUCCGGUGUACAAACGGUUAGCACUAGCGGUGGUGGGCAACAGCAGACGGUAAUCACCGGUGACGAUUCGGAUACGGAUAGGCCGGGGAAGAUCUGUAAGACAGAAACAGCGUCAGCGUCACCUGCGUCCAGCGUAUCUGGUGUAUCGGGAACGAAUAAUGCUGGCAGCGUAACGACCGUUGCAGCACCAGGCACAGCGAUUGUAACGCAGAUUGUAGUAGCACGAGACGGCAAAGAUAAAAAUAUGACUAGUUUAGGAAUGGGAAUGAAUGGCGGAAUUCUUGGAGUGCCAAUGGGCUUUUUAGAUUUUGCACCAGAACCUCCAGCACCCUCAGCCACACCGGUAACAGUAACGGAGCAUGUCGAUUUAUCAUGCAAUCCAAAUACCGACACUCGAGAUUUAUCAAACCCCACCGAAGCACUGGACAUCGACAAUCAUUUAGCCCAACACAUGAUUCAACGGCUUGAUCAAUCUCCGAUGCAUGCUAUUCAUCAUCAGACUGGUGAUGAAAGCAAUUCGAAUUUAGUACAGCAUAUUAAGAGUGAGGUGAUUGAUGCGAAACAACAACAACAAGUACAGCAACAGCAACAUCAUCAACAGCAACAACAUCAAUUGCAUGCUCAACAACUCUCACAAAAUCAAGUACAGCAACAGCAACACCAACAGCAUCAAGUACAUCAACAACAAACAGCACACUCACAUUCAACACACGUCCAACAACAAGCACAAUCACAUCAGGACCUAAGCGGAGCAACAGUAAUGGAAAUCGAUCCAAGCCAAAUAAAACAUGAACCCGGAAUGAUCAUAACACCGGAAAUUGUUAAUAUGAUGACCACUGGACAUAUGGAUAUGUAUAAUUCUGAUACAAGUGAGGAUUCAAUGAUGAUAGCAAAUGGCUCACCAAACGAUCAAACUGAGCCACAUUAUACUAACUUAGACCAACAGCACGUGGAUGGUAAAGGUCAGUUUAAUGGUCCAAAAACUUGGACUCAAGAUGAUAUGAAUUCAGCUUUAGAUGCAUUGAAGAAUCAAAAUAUGAGUCUUACAAAAGCAUCAGUUACAUAUGGUAUACCAUCAACCACUUUAUGGCAACGUGCCCAUCGUAUGGGCAUCGAAACGCCAAAGAAGGAGGGUGGUACGAAAUCAUGGAAUGAAGAUUCUUUGAAUAAUGCUUUAGAAGCCCUACGUUCUGGGCAAAUAUCAGCAAAUAAAGCGUCCAAAGCCUUUGGUAUACCAUCCUCGACAUUAUAUAAAAUUGCGCGACGCGAAGGCAUACGCUUGGCGGCACCCUUUAAUGCGGCACCCACAACGUGGACACCGGAAGAUUUAGAGCGUGCAUUAGAAGCAAUACGCGCUGGUCAUACGUCCGUACAAAAGGCCAGCGCUGAAUUUGGCAUACCAACGGGCACCCUAUACGGUCGUUGCAAGCGCGAAGGCAUUGAGUUAUCACGCUCGAAUCCAACACCAUGGUCGGAAGACGCAAUGAAUGAAGCUUUGAAUUCAGUUCGCAUUGGUCAGAUGUCUAUUAAUCAGGCCGCAAUUCACUAUAACCUUCCCUACAGCUCUUUGUAUGGUCGCUUUAAGCGUGGAAAGUAUGACGUUACUAAUACCAGUAGCACCUCCAUUAAUAAUGCAUCAGGAAAUACUUCGGGAAGCAUCGAAAUUAUCGAACAUAGUCAAGAAAACUCGUUACAUAUGUUUCAGCAACAGUUCCAGUAUAGUCCGUCGCCACAUCAACAACCUCAGCAUGGCGGUCAAACUCAAUCGCAGACACCUCAACAUAUAACCCAACAUGUUGUACACAUUCAGCAACCACAGACUCAUCAUCAGCAGCAACAAGUACAUGCUCAACAACAGCAACAUAUCCAGCAGCAACAAGAUGUUGUAACAUCCAGCAGCCAGGUGGCACAUAGCAGUGCAGCUGUUGGGCAGCAGCAACAACAACAAAUUCAACAGAUCUAUCAUCAUCACAGCACGCCGGAAAGAAGUUGAGAAUCACUGCAACAAGCAGCUAGCAACAGCAACUCAACAACAACUAACAGCAGCAACAAUAAGAGGAAGAAAAACUCGAAAGGUAAACGUUGAGAAUGGCGACACACCAGUGAUGUGUUUUUGCGUAUGAAGGUUUGCAAUAAGAAAGUGAAACAACAACACCAAGAAAUACGAAGGAAUAAACAAGUUACUAAAAGAAAUUUAAAUGCGAAGAGGGCAAAAGGAGAAUGUCAAAAAUUUCAAUUAAAAUUAUUUGCGGGCAUUUAAGCAUUGAAUUUGUUUGACAAAAACUUCGUUUUAAACCGAAUUAAAAUAUAUGACGAAAAUCUAUGGGGCUUUUUUGGAGAAUGAUGAAUGAUGCAUAUUACAUAAUAAUGAUAAAUGAUUUGAAUUAGUAACUAAUAGUGAAAGUGUUGAACAUAACAAAUACUUUCCUAUAACUAAACAGAAGACCGAAGGAGUGCUGUCUGCCACUCCUUUAAGGGAAAAAGUUUUAGAAAUACACAAAAAAAAUAUCAAAAAAAAAAAAAACAAAAGAAAAAUUGGGGGGUGUACAAUGAAUUGAGGGAGUAUAAUAGUAUUCACGAAUGCCAAGUGAUUGUCCACGGGUUUGACCACAAAAACGAAAUAAAGUUUUAUUAACUGAUGUUGAAUAUAUCCUUAUAAAAAUUAAAUGGAUUAUCCUUUUGCAUAAAUAGAAGAAAAUGGAUUUGAAAAAUGAAUUGUAUUUUUGAUAAUUGAAUAGUAGCAAAACAAUAUUGAAUAAAAAAAAAUAUACAUACAUAGUAGAUGAUGCACUUUUCGGACAAUUAACGUACGGAGAAGAGUCAAAGUUAAAAUUUUUUGGAGUCGUGACAAAAUUAUAAAUAAGUUCUUUCACCACUAGAUUUAGUGCUAAAAAAUAGUUUUUAUCUUAAUAUAAAAUUUACGGUUUUGUCAAUCAAAACUAGUAAUAAAUAAAAAGAAGUAGGUUUAAAUGUAUCACAUUUACCGAAGUGAAUUAAAAAAAUAUAUAUAAUUGAAAUAGAAUUAUUCGAUUGGUUUGAGUUGAUCUUUUGGCUUUUCGUUGAAUAAUAUUAUGUAUGCGAUAUACUUACAUAUGUAUGUAGAUGCCUAAAAUAAUGUUGAUAUCUUUCUUGUAACUAAUAGAUAAGUUUUCUUUUGUUCCAAACAACAACAAAAAAAUUAAGCAUUCAUUGAACAGAAAUUGGAUAUUUUUAUUUUCAAAAUCUAUAUCACAUACAUAAAAACAAAUCACACACACAUACACACCGAAAAAAUAAAGGAUCUUUUUAAUGAUUGCUAACGCAAGGAUGAAAUAUCAAAAUUUUUAAUUUAUAUAUAUAUACAUAUAUAUAUAUAAUAUAUAUACAUACAUACAUAGUUAAAUGCAAAUACAAAGUAUACAGAAAAUAUUAAAUAAUCACGACACAUCAUGCUAUAUAAUAAAUCAUUAUAAAUUUAAACAUUAAAAAUAAAAAAGAGAAACAUCAUCAAACAGAAAUUUGUUGCUGCUGCUUUGAAAUAUUGAAUAUUAAGAAUACAUCCUUGUGGAUAGAAAACUCCACGAUGAUAAUCUAAUGUUAAACAGACUAAAAUCAUAAAAUAAAACAAAAAUUAAAUGUAGUUAUUAUUACUAUUACUAAAGCAUUCAUAUUUAAAUAGUAUGCAAUAUAAAGAAAAUAAUAAUAAAAUGCGAACCUUUCAACAUGGCAAGUGUAGUGUACACAUUAAACCGGCAACUUCGAAAAUAGGACCUAACAAUGUUACAUUUUAGCGCAUCAGCACAGUUUACGUUUCUUUGUGUUCUUGUUACGGGGUCAUUUUCUUUUUAAUCUAAUUUCCUUCUCAUGGUAAUUUGGCGUACUGAUUUGCAGUGUAAUUUUUAUCUUGAAUUAGUUAACCACUUCAUUCAAUUGCAUUCGCAUUGCUACAAACUCGACUUAAUUCACAUUCAUACAUACAUUAAUCCUAUGGAAUAGCAUUAAGUUAAUAUAUAAUUUAUUUAAUGUUAGAGUUGUAUGCAGUCUUCGGUGAGCGCUUGCAAAGCAAGUCGAAAUUUAAAAAAUGUAGUUUUUUAAAUGCCCGCUUAUAUUUCGAAACGUAAAGCUAUACAAAAUUAUCUAAAAACGAAAAAGAUCAACAGAGGAUUGUGUUAACUGCAUGAAAAUAUAUCGCGAAUGAUCCCUAGGCACAUAUUCAUACACGAGGUAGUCUAUCUGGUUGUUGUGACAAGAAUACAAAAUAUCAGCUCGAUUGGUGGACUAAUGCCAAUAAUUAGCGGCUUAAUUAUAAGCACUGAAUAGUGUAGCGUCAAUUCAGAUAUGCGGUUGAUUUUGUUCUUUCUUUAAGCAAGGAAAAAGUGAGUUUGUAAUUUUUCAUUUUUUGAACGGUUUGGAUUUUAGUUGCCGAAAAUGCUAUGAAAUGAUAAUUACAAAAACUGUGUACAUAAAUAUAUUAUGGCAAAUAAAUAUGGAUGUAAAAAUCAAA